CUCACCAUCCGGAUCAAGUAGAAGAACUAUUCUAGAACAUUACUCAUUCACAUUUAGAAUAUAGCCAGUUCAGAAAAUUUUAAAACGUAGCGUGUAAGUUGGAAAGGUUGAUAAACACAUAUAUAUCUCUUAUUUUUAAUCUACGCAGAGAAUUGAUCGUGGAUGUAAUAACUUUCAGCGAACUUGAACACAAGCAGAAGACAAGAUGGUGAAGGAAACCGCUUACUAUGAAAUAUUGGGUGUGAAGCCCAACGCAACCGCAGAUGAACUUAAGAAAGCCUACAGAAAACUAGCGCUCAAGUUUCACCCGGACAAAAAUCCAAAUUCUGGCGAGAAGUUCAAGUCGAUAUCGCAAGCAUAUGAAGUAUUGUCAGAUCAAAAAAAAAGGGACAUGUAUGACCAGGGUGGUGAGCAAGCAAUCAAGGAGGGCGGAACAGGUGGUGGGGGUGGUUUUCACUUCAGUUCGCCGAUGGACAUUUUCGACAUGUUUUUCGGCGGCGGCGGUGGCGGCCAUCGGCGCGAGCGACGUGGUAAGGAUGUCGUGCACCAGCUGUCGGUGACCCUCACUGACCUCUACAACGGGAGCGUGCGCAGGCUCGCACUGCAGAAGAACAUCAUCUGUGAUAAGUGUGAAGGUCGCGGUGGCAAGAAGGGUGCUGUCGAGAAGUGCGGAAACUGCAAGGGCACUGGCGUGCAGGUGCGCAUCCAGCAGCUGGCGCCCGGCAUGGUGCAGCAGAUACAGUCGGUGUGCCACGAGUGCCAGGGCCAGGGCGAGCGCAUCAAUGCGCGCGACCGCUGCAAGAACUGCCAGGGCAAGAAGGUCAUGCGCGAGCGAAAGAUUCUAGAGGUGCACGUCGACAAGGGCAUGCGCGACGGGCAGAAGAUCCAGUUCUCGGGCGAGGGCGACCAGGAGCCGGGGCUGGAGCCCGGCGACAUCCUCAUUGUGCUCGACGAGAAGGAACACGAGACGUUCCGGCGUAACGGAGAGGACCUGCUGUUGAAGCUGGAGCUGGAGCUGGUCGAGGCGCUGUGCGGCUUCCAGAAGGUCAUCCGCACGCUCGACGAACGCGAACUCGUCAUCACAUCCAUUCCUGGUGAGGUCGUCAAACACGGAGACAUCAAGUGUGUCAUAGGUGAGGGAAUGCCGAUGUACAGGAACCCGCUGGAGAAGGGUCGGCUCAUCAUCCAGUUUGCUGUCAACUUUCCCGAAGAUAACUUCCUGCCCCCUGAGAAACUUGCACAACUAGCGCGGUUGUUACCGGAUGCUGAGGAGCCAGUUGUCACGGACGACGCGCAGCACGUCAACCUCGUGUCAGUCGACCAGGCGCAUCAACACCGGCGUCACCAUGGCAACGCGUACGACAGCGACGAUGAGGAUCACCAGCGCCAGGCCGGCGGCAUGCAGUGUCAGACGCAAUGAUGACCGACGCGCCACACGGCUAGCAUCAUGAAAUAUAUACACAAGCACAAUGCAGAAACGUGGACCCAACUCACAGCAUAUAGAUACAGCAUAGUAAACUCUGUCCUCACUCUUUUUCUCUCCUGUUAGCUUACUGUAACAACUAGGACUGACUGCACAUGUACAGGUCUUUCUGGUUCGCCCACCGUCACUCAUUAUUACGUAGUCUGCUUGCCCCAUCUCUCUGACUUCCCACGCUGAAUAUGUGCAAGCUUUGUGUGUGCAGACAAUCGUAUUGCAUGAGUAUUGCACGAGUAUUGCACGACUAGUUGUGGUCUUGAUUCCUGAUCUCUAUCGAUCACAGCAGCUAUGUGCCAGGUUGCCGGAGGUAGUGUAGAGAUGGUCAGGUCAUGGUAGCAGGGGAGGCAGGAGGCAGUG